ACAAACUUUACUAGACACACAUUUCUUGCACGUGUGGGUCCAUUUUUCCCGUCGAACAUCAUUUUAUUUGUUUUUUAUUUUUUCACGCGAUAAAUGAUGGGUAAGAAAUCGAAAGCGAAUAAUUUGGGUAGAUCAUUGAUACGUGAUCGUUUCGGUCAGGGUCAUCGUCGAACGGUCGACAAUAAUUCAAUGUUGCACACCACAGAACUUCAAGAUGGAUAUGAUUGGGGACGUUUGAAUUUGCAAUCAGUAACGGAGGAGUCAUCGUUUCAAGAAUUUUUACGUACCGCCGAGCUAGCGGGGACUGAAUUUCAAGCCGAAAAAUUGAACAUUCAAUUUGUGAAUUCAAAAUGUAACGCUGGACUGCUGUCAAAAACCGAACGAGCAGAAACUGAAAAGAAGCACGUUGACAAAAAAGAUUUACUGAAAAUUCCACGUAGACCCGUUUGGACGGCGGAAACAACAGUCGAAGAUUUACAUGCACAAGAGAAUCAAAGUUUUUUGGAAUGGCGACGUGGAUUGGCCCUGCUCCAAGAAGAUGAUGGCCUAUUGAUGACACCAUACGAACGAAACUUAGAGUUUUGGCGUCAAUUGUGGCGUGUUGUUGAAAAAAGUGACGUCAUUGUUCAGAUUGUUGAUGCCAGAAAUCCAUUAUUAUUUCGAAGUGAAGAUCUUGAAAAGUAUGUAAAAGAAGUUAGCCAAGAUAAAAUGAAUAUGAUUCUAAUCAACAAAGCCGACUUUUUGACCGAUGAACAGCGAGCCAUUUGGGCCAGUUAUUUUGAUAAGGAAAAUGUUCGCGUUGCAUUCUAUUCGGCCACACUAGCCACGGAGGAAAAUACAAAGUCUUUGCAGGCAAUUUCAGAAGAAGCUGCAGGUAAAUCAGCAGCAAAGAGUGAAGAGGAAGAUGAUGAUGAUGAUUCCGAGAAUAGUACACACAAAAAGGAUAUUUCUGUUGAAAGCAUUAAAGAGGCUACCAAUGAAAUUGCCAAAACUGUGAAUCAAGCCGAAGAACAACUUGAAAUAAUUGAGAAAAAAUUGAGUGUUCACCAACUGAAUAAUCCAAAGAUUUUGUCACGUAUUGAAUUAAUUGAAUUAUUCCGUAAAAUGCAUAAUGGAACAAAAGUGACCGAAAAUUUAUCAACCAUUGGUUUAGUUGGUUAUCCAAAUGUGGGAAAAAGUAGCACAAUUAAUUCGAUUAUGAUUGAAAAGAAGGUCUCGGUAUCAGCAACACCGGGCAAGACAAAACAUUUUCAAACUCUUUACUUGGAUCAAGAUAUUUUAUUGUGUGAUUGUCCCGGUUUGGUAAUGCCAAGCUUUGUGCUAACCAAAGCCGAUAUGAUUUUAAACGGAAUUCUUCCCAUCGAUCAAAUGCGAGAUCAUGUACCGGCUGUUAAUAUGCUUUUAACACAAAUUCCACGUCAUACGCUCGAAGAUAAAUACGGUAUUAUGAUUGCCAAACCACAGGAAGGGGAAGAUCCAAAUAGAGCACCGUAUUCUGAGGAAUUGCUGCUCGCCUAUGGAUAUAAUCGGGGAUUUAUGACCGCGAGAGGACAACCGGAUCAAUCAAGAACAGCUCGGUAUGUGCUCAAAGAUUAUGUAAAUGGUCGAUUGUUAUAUUGUCAUGCUCCACCUGGAUAUAAACAAGAAGAAUUCCACACAUAUGCACCACGAAUGCGCCGUGAACUAUGCGAAAAAACAAUGCCAGAUCAACAACGACGUGCAUUGCGCAUUGACCAUUCGAAAACGACCAAAGAUAUCGAUGGCGCAUUCUUUGAGGAUACUUCUCGCGUUGCAUACAUAAAAGGAAAAACAAAUUUGCAACAUGUUCGUGGAUUGGUAAAAGAGAAUGAAAUCGUAUCAACAACAAGUGGAUCCGUUCAAAGUCUAAACAAUAUUCAUAUGGCUGAAAAACCAUGGCGACACCAGAAAAAAGAAAAACGAGAAAAAUUGCGAAAAAGAUUCGCCCACUUAGACCAACAUUAAAUGAACAUUCUGAUUUUCUAUGUAAUUUAAAUUCAAUAAAAUAAACUCUCGUUUUUUUAAAUAAUGUGUCAGCA